AUGGAAGCUGAGGAUAAGUUGUAUUGCGAUUACUUUGAAGAAGCGGAUGAGAAGACAAAGAUGAAACGAGUUGGGCCACCCACUUCUUCUGACUGGGAGGAAAUAUCAAGGCUAGUGAAGUUCCUGAAGAUAUUUUACCGGUGUACUCUGACAUUCAGUGCUUCUAAUUCAGUUACUUUCUCUUUAUGUUACAAUGAAAUUGUUGACAUUGAGAGGAAUCUGAUGAGUAAGUGUAGCAGUCCUGAUGAGGAGAUCAAAAAGCAAGCACAUGUCAUGAGAGAUAAGUUUGAGAAGUAUUGGGAUGGACUAAACAACAUGAACCCUUUAGUGAUUGUGGCCAGUGUAUUCGAUCCUCGAAACAAGAUGAAGUUUGCUUCCCUUUGCUUUGACCAGCUGUAUGGUAAGGACACCAUAGAGAGUAGGCACCUCAAUGCCAAAAUUUCAAGUGUACUCUCGAAACUGUAUGAUCAUUAUAGUUUCAAGCUGAACAAACCAGAAGACAUCGAAGAUUUUACAGAUUCGCAAGUACGGCCUGAAAACUUUGAGAUUUCAGAUGAUGAAGAUGAUUGUGAGGGGAUGCUAGAAAUAUUUCAUAAGGUGGUUGGAUUGAGUAGUAGUGAUGAUAGCUGCAAUGAGUUACAAAUGUAUCUAACCGAGAAACCUGAGCCAAGAGUAGAAAAAAAGUUGGGGAUGUCUUUCGAUGUACUCAGUUGGUGGAGGCGUAAUAGCUGUAAGUUUCCAAUCUUGUCCGAGAUAGCUAGAGAUGUUCUAGCCAUUCAAGCCAAAUAUGUUGCUUCAGAGUCAGCUUUUAGUAUGAGUGGGAGGGUGUUGGAUUCGUAUCAGAGUUCUUUAACUCCUUACAUGGUUGAGCUUUUGUUGUGCACCCAACAAUGGUUAAAGUGUUCUUAUAAAGUUGAAGCAGCAGUAGCAAACUUGGCCCAAAUGUUGGAAGAAGUUGAAUUUUUUGAGUCUCUUGAUUCUCAAAAUUCAAUGGUUGCAAAUCCAUGA